UUGGUGUGGACGGUGAAUAUUAUGUUGGCAAAUCUUGUUUUAUCAAGAAAUUUGCAUAUGGUGAUUUUGAGAAUGGAGUAUAUAAAAAUACCUUUCAUGCGUAUGUCACAACCACACACAUUCGGUUAGAUGAUUACGAUAUUAAAGUAGAAUUUUUGGAAACCGGAUGGAAUCUCAGACCAAAUGAAAAUUCUCAAUCUGACGGAUUAAAGGAAAUAAAAGAACUAUCGCGUGAAUAUAAUAGCAAUGAAAUUCCUAUUAUGAUUAUUGCUAAUAAAUGUGACAAAAAUGAACAUAGAAAUAGAGACGAUCUUCUUAAAGAAGUUAAAAAUUAUUUUGGAGAGGAAUUAAAUAUUUUAGGAGAGGAGUUUUUAUUUGAUAAAACCUCAGAAAAGCAGAAGACUAGUACUAGCCUCAAUAAAAUCCUAAAAGAAUGCAUAUCUAGAUUUUUGGAUUUUAAAGGAACCAACGAUUUGAAAAAAUUAACUUCUCCAAAUAGCCAAUUUGAGUCCAUUAUGAAACAUGCAACACAAUUAUAUUUAUAUAAGGUCCCAAAGAAAGUUAUCGAUGGGCGACAACAAAUAGAAGAGAUAUUGCGUUACGGAAUAAAAGCAUUUUUAUCAUUA